UCGAUACAGUAUAUAGCCACGCCGCGGCCAAGCACCUACCAUUUUUUCUUUCUCUCCUUCCUUCCUCGCUGCUACUACCCUGUAAAGCCGCAAUCACUUUCCGCUUUUGGAGUUGCGGCGGGCAUGGCGGUGCGGGCUCUGCUCCUGGUUGCGGCCUUGGCGGCGGCUGCUGCAUCAGGGACGGAGGCGCUGAGCCUGGACGUGCACCACCGGUACUCUUCAACGGUGCGGGAGUGGGCGGAGGCGGCGGGCCACCCCGGUCACCGCGCCCCACCGGCGGGCACGGCCGAGUACUACGCCGCGCUGGCGGGGCACGACCUGCGCCGCCGCUCCCUCGCUUCCGCACCAGCCCCCGCGCCCGCGCCCGGCGGCCCGCUCGCCUUCGCCGACGGCAACGACACCUUCCGCUUCAACGCCUUCGGAUUCUUGCAUUACGCGGUGGUGGCGCUGGGGACGCCGAACGUGACGUUCCUGGUGGCGCUCGACACCGGCAGCGACCUCUUCUGGGUGCCCUGCGACUGCGUCAAGUGCGCGCCGCUCUCCGACCCAACCUACGGCGAUUUGAGGUUCGACGUGUACAGCCCCGGGAAGUCGAGCACCAGCCGGAAGGUGCCCUGCAGCAGCAGCCUAUGCGAUCUCCAGACCCAAUGCGGCGCCGCCAGCAGCAGCUGCCCCUACAGCAUCCAGUACCUGUCCGACAACACCUCCUCCAACGGGGUGCUCGUGGAGGAUGUCCUGUACCUGACCACCGAGUCCGGGCAAUCCAAGAUCACCCAGGCCCCCAUUACAUUCGGCUGUGGACAGGUCCAGACAGGUUCGUUCCUAGGCAGCGCGGCGCCCAACGGCCUGCUCGGGCUCGGCAUGGACAGCAAGUCGGUGCCUAGUUUGCUGGCGAGCAAGGGAAUCGCUGCCAACUCCUUCUCCAUGUGCUUCGGAGAAGACGGUCAUGGCAGGAUCAACUUCGGGGACACCGGAAGCUCGGACCAGCUGGAAACACCGUUGAACAUCUAUAAACAGAAUCCGUAUUACAACAUUACCGUCACGGACGUUACGGUCGGAAAUAAAACGUUCGGCACCAAGUUCAGCGUUGUGGUGGACUCCGGUACCUCGUUCACCGCUCUCUCCGACCCGAUGUAUACCGAGAUCACUACCUCUUUCAAUGCACAAGCCAAAGAGAAGAAAAACCAGCCUGAUUCUUCAUUGCCGUUUGAGUUUUGCUACACCCUAAGUGCCAAGGGAGACAUUAACACUCCAAACAUAAGUCUGACGACGAAAGGUGGCAGUUUAUUUCCUGUCAAUAACCCAAUCAUUGUCAUAACAGAUACUUCUUCGAAACCAAUUGGUUAUUGCUUGGCUAUCAUGAAGAGUGAAGGUGUUAACUUAAUUGGCGAGAAUUUCAUGUCCGGGCUGAAGGUUGUGUUCGACCGUGAGAGGCUUGUCCUGGGCUGGAAAACAUUCAAUUGCUACAACGUCGACAACUCAAGCAAGCUUCCUGUGAACCCAAAUCCUUCAUCCGUUCCUACGAAACCCGCCUUGGGGCCAAGUAGCUCUAAUCCGGAAGCCACAAGGGGUCCUUCACCAAACAUCACCCAGAUCGACGUGCCCCAGCCUUCAUCCAGCUCGUCUAUCCAGUGGCACUCAAGCCGGACCCUCAUCGCCGGCAUUGCUCUGCUGUGCUUGGCCAGCCUUUGAUCAGGCUGAGCUGCCUGGCAUUACCUUGUACUGAUUAAUCACAUAUAGAUACAGGAUCACACAUUUUUUGUGUAGAUACCGUAGGAGUUACAGGAUAGAACACAGGAUGAGUUGCAUAGAUAGCUAUAGGCCAUUUUUGAUUGAUUUUUUAGUGCUGAUAUGUCUGGUAAUAAUGCGGUCUGUGACGAGGUGGAUGAUCAUGUAUAUGUAGAAACCUCUUGGAUGUAUUGAGUGAACCACAGAAUAAAUGAAUGAUGAUACAGCGAUUACAGCCUUA